AUGGCUAACGAUGAUCUGAAAGCCAGCAUUCUCGAAUGCCUCACCACUCUUGAUGUUUCCGGAAACUGGACAAUCUUUGGCCUGGAACUCAAUCCAGCAAACCCUGGGAUACGGCUCAACAACGGUGGUGGAAUUGGCCUCCCAUUAUCCGAUCGUGAUGCUGAAGCUUUGAUAGCCGUAAGUCGUCAGGGACCUUCUGGCAAGGGAACAGACACAGAACGGAAAGCCUGGGAGCUGUCACCGACCGAGUUUGAAAUCACGAACCCGGCAUUUGGUCCAUUUUUACGCAAUAUCGUUAAAAAGGUCAGUGCUGGACUCGGUGUUGAUGCAGCCAGAAAGGGGGUGAGAGCCGAGUUACAUAGACUGCUGCUUUGUGAUGGCGAGGCACAAUUUGGACCACAAGAAGGGUAAUGUUCUGACCUUUCUCGGCCAAGAAAUACCACUGACAAAGCGGCAACUUUUUAGUUCAGAAAAAGCUCCAGGCGUGUUCGCUACUUUGGCAGUAUCUCUCCCCACAAAACAUGAAGGGGGCGAAUUUUGGCUUAGCCAUGCUGGAGAGACGAAGGUUUUUGAGACCUCAACAGCUUCGUCCUUCGAUUCGUCUUACUUAGCCUGGUUGGUUUCCUACUCCCGAACUAUUCUUCUCUAGCACCUGUUUUGCUAGGUUUUCCGAUGUAGCUCAUGAAGUAGGAGAAACCAUAAGCGGUCAUCGACUACUUCUCACGUACAAUAUCAUACAUGAGACUUUGAGUACCAAUGAAUUGGCUGCAGGCUCCAACAAGUCUCUUGCUAAACUAAGAAAGCUUUUCGCUCUUUGGAAAUGCGAGAUUGACUCCGGUGAUCACGAGUUUGCGCAUUUCAAUUACCUGUUGAGCGAAUAUUACGCUCCUAGGAAUCUUGCUUUCGAUGCUCUAAAAGAGAAAGAUCUUGCCGCAGUAUCUGUCCUUCGCCAAAUUUGCGACGAGGCUGGAUUUUCACUCUAUUUAGCUGACAUGAAAACAUCUGCAAAAGGCCCGGGUGGGGGCGGAGAGAAUCCAUGGGACCAAGAGAUGGAUGAAAUUGAAGAAACAAAGACAACUCUUGAAAAGGUUAUUGAUCUCAAAGGAAGAGUUGUUGCCGAAAAACUGGCUGUAGAUGAGCCUCAUUUUCUUGAUGAAGAUCCAUUCACAGGCAAAGAGCCAGACGAUCGCGAUCAUGAAGAGAUUGAGUAUGACAGCUAUAUGCUGGAAUACUUAUAUCACAACUCGGCAAGUUUUACAGUUCGCUCCACUUUUCAGUUAAUCUAAUGGAACUUCAGGCUUUAAUCGUGAUGCCUAAAAUGUGUCGAGCAAUUUUCUUUUUGAGCCCCAUAUGCGUCGAGAACCCAGUUACAGGACGGUGGUUUCCCGGAAGUGGACGUCCUGAACCGCCAUGCCAUUUGAUAAAGCCCUCAUCCCCGAUGCCUAAGUUCAUGGAGUGGAUAGAGACGUGUAUGGCAGAAUUUCAUCAAAGCCCGAAGACGAAGAGCCACGAAACGCUGUUUUACAGAUAUGUGCGAUGGCUGUCCGCCAAACAAAAGAAUAGAAUACGAAUCAAGCUUCCUUACCUCUAAAACGAAAGAAAGCCGAACCUCGCUAUCCCUCAAGAAACUGUUGAAAGAAUAUUCACUGCAAUAACCGAGUUGGACGACAUAGAGACUCUUCGAGAAGUAUUAGUAAUAUGGCCCGCACGCCCAAGUGAUGACAUGCUGGCGAAAGUUUCUUCUAUCAUCGUCCGGCACGAUAGCCUUGACUUACUUCCAUUGUAAGCUAUCAUGAUAAGCGUUUUUGUGGCUUGGGAUUUCCGCAGUCUUCAGUAGUCAUGCUAACUCCGGCCGCAGGUUGCGAAGCGAUUCUGCCUGGAACGAGGCCUUUGCCAGUCGAUUUGGUGUUCUCAGUGCACUUAGAAAAGGAUUCCAUGAAGAGACGGAACGUACACUUAAGACAGAAGAGCCAUAUCAAACGUGGAUUAGCUCCGAAACAAAAAAGGCGAUAACAUGCGCAACGUUCAUGACAAGAGAGGACGGCGUCGCCCUUGCUCAAAUGUGUCGCUUGUUUCCAUCAGGCGAGAUACUCAACGAGUAAGUACCACCUGGUGCCACCACAUCGAGCAUUGAAAAAGGCUAACCGAAAACAGCAUAUUGCCGCCAAUCAUCAAAUCCAAAGCUCAAUAUACAUGCAUGCUCAUGUCAUUUCUGGAUGCUAUUUUCUCGAGCACCCUUACUGGAGAUGGCUCCAUAGAUACCAAUUUUGCUAGAUCGAUAUUCAUGAUCGUUGUCCAGGAUCUAAGCCCGUACCUCAGAUUGGAUGUCUUCAUCGUUCCACCGAAACCCGUUGAUGUACCAAAAAAGUCCUACAGCUGGAAGGCACCAACACCGCCACCGCCUCCUGCAAUAGAUUCUCAAAAUUAUAUCGAUAUUGCCAACUUGGUACUGCAGUUUCAUGGGCUUGAGCUGCAUUGCCAGCUCUCCCAAGUACUACAGCAACUUUCAUCGCGCUUGGGGGUCAUCUCUAAAAACCAUUAUAGUACAGCUUAUAUGCCCUUUCUUCAAAUUCUGAGCAGCAGACUCGAAGAAGGUCAGGUUCCUCUUGAGGGAUCGCCUUUCCAAAGAUUCUUUCAAGUCGUUCUUAGUGGAUACGUCUUUUAUUACGUUAGCUAUGAACCUCAAGCUCCACAAAAUCAGACACGUCAAACAAUUCCAUGUUCGCAAUCUUGCAAAGACUGCGAUCGACUCAACAGUUCCCACUAG